CUUAGCGGCGUUUCGCAUCGCGGUGGUUUGGUAGCGGCGGGCGGGGAAGAGUUGGGCAACGGCUGACCCUAAUAUCCAGGAAAAAAAAAAAACUUGGAUUAAACUCGGGGUUAGGGGUUGCCCGAGCUAGCCUCCUACACCUGUACACCGCCGCGGCCGCUCAUUCCGUGUCAGUCCGUGCUGGACAAGCUCGUCUAAUGUCGGAUUUCAAGCUCGGGAUUGUUCGCCUGGGCCGUGUGGCCGGGAAGACAAAAUACACCCUCAUUGAUGAGCAGGAUAUACCUCUGGUGGAGAACUAUGCCUUUGAGGCACGCAUGGAGGUUGACGCUGACGGCAACGGAGCAAAGAUCUUUGCAUACGCCUUUGAUAUAAGCAAAGGGCGGUGGGCAGGUCGACCUCUGCACGAGUUACUCUGGGAGAAGCACAGAGGCGGCAUUGCUCCUAGCUUCCAAGUUGUCCACAUAAACUCGGUCACGGUGGACAACCGUCUAGACAAUUUGCGCCUCGUUCCUGUUGGCUGGACUCCCAAACCGGAGGAGCUGUCUAGCAAACAAAGGGAGCAGUCACUUUAUUGGCUGGCCAUCCAGCAGGUACCAGCUGAUCCGGUGGAGGAGCAGUACCUGGAGCUGGGCCGCACACGUUACUACAACGCCAAUGGAGAGCUGGUGGAGGAGGAGGAGUGUUCCUGCACUUACUACGAGUGUCACUAUCCCCCUUGCUCACUCAUUGAGAGGAGGCUGCGAGAGUUCAACAUCUGUGGUCGCUGUCAGGUGGCACGCUACUGUGGCUCACAGUGUCAGCAGAGGGAUUGGCCGGCCCAUAAGAAGCAGUGCCGCGAACGCAAGAGGGUCCUGGCCUUGGAGUCCGAGCCUGAGCGGUGAUCCCCUGAGCCCCCGUCACUCACAAAUGGGGUCAGAGGGGGGACUGUGGGACGGGACUUGCAAAGAAAUGCAAAAAUGACAAUGGGGGGAAAAAAAAUCUACUGACUGACUAACCGAAUGGGUGAUUAUGUUGGUAGGUGAGGCAGGCCUGUUGAGUGCAGGGUGGGAGGGGCAUGAAAAACCUUUUUUUUCUUCCCAAACUUUGGCAUUUCCUUGGCUUGUUAUGGGGGGAUUUUUCUUUUAGAGGGAGAUCAUUAAAAGGCUGCUGCUAUGGAUGUGUGUUUUGUGAAGAAAAACACCACCCCAUCAUGACUUCUUCGGUAUGGACAUUUUUGAGAGUUCAUUAGCUCACUCCUUCCUUCCAUUCUCACGCCCGUCGUGAAGUGUUAGCCGCUGGUCUCGAGGAACACGCCUGCUGUAGAAAGAGACGGAAUAACGGACCUCUUCACUGUACUUUUCCUCUCCCAGUCGGACUUCCUGUACACACAAACGUGCACACACCCGCUUACCUGCCGUAUCCUUCCCCGGGUGUGCAGCAAAGGACUUUGCAAAUUCACACUACCAGUAUUGUGUGUGUGUGUGUGUGUGUGUGUGUGUGUGUGUGUGUGUGUGUGUGUGUGUGUAUGUAUAUAUGUGCGUGCGUGCCAUGCCAUUAUAGACUGAAGUAAUAGAAUUUUUCUCUAUUCCAAGCAUGGGUGGAUGGACUGGGUAGGAAAGUUAUUCUUGAAUCUAGGGAUGUUGUCACUUUUUUUUUUUUUUUUUUUUUUUUAUAAAUAUAAUGUUUUCCUGUGGCGAGUUUCUGAAAUUGCUCUCAGUGCUGCAUUAAAAAAAAUUCCAGUCGCCUUCCAUUAAAUAAUGUUCAAGCUUAAUCACUAGCAUUUGGAUUCAACGGAUGUCCUGGGCUAAAGAAAAAAACUUGAAAAUGCACACAAAGUUGUCCAUGUUCAACAUCCGCAGUCCUCUUUCUGCAAGUUGAUGCUUGGGUUAUUUCGUUUGUCAAUCCUUCUUGUCCAGUGUAACAUCUGUACCUUUUCUCUCUUUGUGUUUCGUAUAAACCCAAACCUUUUUAAAAAAAAGAAAAAGGAAAAAAAAAAGGACACAGGCAUACAUGCACACAUGUUUAAAGUGUGUCUUCCUCUUAAAUGUAAGGCAACUUUACCGAACUUUAAUGUGGUAUGUAAUGAUGCGCACGGACAUGCACACAAAUCUUGCAUGUAUUGCAGGUAUACAUGCUAUUUGUUGACAGUUGUGUACCAAUGUGUUUAUUUAUCCAGAUAGGGUUGAACACUGUGCACUGAAUAUCCUCACUUUCAUCUUUGUCCGGGAGAUUACAGAAUGAUUGCGUUUGGGGCAGGUUUUUUUUUUUUUUUUUGUCUUAUUUUUUUAAUUUUAUUAAAUAUAUGAAUUUCAAUAUGCUUUAAAAUAUGUAAAAUAAAUAAAUCUACAUGAGGGGACAUAAUGUUCGCCAUAUUCUAUUGUCACUGUAAAAUAAAUAAAGUAUGAUGUGCGAAAAGUAUGUUUACACCAGAGAAGUGUGUCCAAAAGGGUAGAAUUUUUAUUAGAUAUACAACCUUUGGGGGGAAGAAAAUGGGAUGUUUACCUGGCUCUUUUACUUCGUAGCAAAUAACCAAAUCACAUAUGACGCAAAACAAUUUUUGUUUAAUAGCUGAACAUUCUGGCUUCAUGAAACAUGCCUACUUUCUAUCGAUGGAUUGAGAAGUGGCGAACUUUUGAAUGUACAUCUGUGCAUUAUCUGUUGAGGUCUCCCCUGGUCCUUUACCUUGCAUAUCAUAAAUGAUUGAUUGUUUUCUUCAGGCAGUCAUCUUUAUAUGUUUCAUUAGAACAGCACCAGUCAAAAGUUCCUGCAUCAUCUCCUUGGCCAAUGCAGAUUCAUGAUUCAUCACUGAAUAUCACUUUCAUUCAGUCCUCCACUCUCCAUGACUGUUUCUCUUUAGCCCACGGUAACCUUGUUUUCUUCUGUUUAGGUGUUGGUGCUGGUUUCAUUUGGCUUUUCUAUACGUAAAUCCCAUUUCAUUCAGCCGAUUUCUUACACUUCCGUCACAAAUGUUGACUCCUGUUUCCGCCCAUUUAUUUUGUUGUGCAUUUUCUAUUGUCAAGGCAUAUUGCCUUGUGUUUUCUAUCCUGAUGUUUGCCAUCUUCCUUGGUAAACCUGUAUCCCCCCCCCCCCCUUUAAAACCUUCCCAUUUUGUUUAUUUAUUUAUUUGGACACAGCUGACUGGGAACAACCAACAUCUUUCGCCACAAUUUUGCCAUGUUGCAUUUGCUUCUUGAAGGAGUUUUAUAAUCCUUUCCAUUGUUUCAAUUGACAGCUCAUGUUGGGGCUACAUUUGCUUUCAGAUAGCCAAGUCCCAACAGCUUGUUAUGUUCUGUAAGCACUCUCUUUUAACUGCAGACUAAUUUGCAUUUUUAGACUGGUGCUGGUAUUUGUUUUAGAAAUGCAAAUUACGAGAUGAUUCCAUAUGGGGUUUUUUUUCACUUCUUGAUUUAGGAAAAAAAUGUGCCACUAAUUAAAAAAUUAAAUUUAAUUAGUUUUAGGUAUGUUUCAUGAAGCUGGAAUGUUCAGCUGUUAAACAAAAAUAGUUUUGUUUCAUAUCUGUGCUUUGUUUAUUUGCUCUAAAGUAAAUAAAAAUCCAGGUGAGCAUC